AUGGAAAGUAAUAAUUACCUCCGUACUAGAAAUGAAUUUGUUGAUUACGAUCAUACUGAGCCAUUCACGUAUGAUCAGUGGGUUUCAACCAUUUCUGAAAAUGGUACCAAAUACCAGUUUUGUGAUACGCGAUCAAAGUCACUUAUUGGAGAAUAUCGCCAUAUGUUGAAUACAACUCUUAAAUACGCCAUUGAGAAGAUGAAUCAAAAGGCACUAUAUUCAGACAUAAUAGUGUUUUGCGCAAAGGUUCUAGCAUUGUGUUUUUUCAAGGUCCCUGGAGUUGCCUCCUCUUUAAUACGGAUCUCAGAAAUACAGCCUAAUAUUAUAAGAAGGUUGCGGUUAGAGAUGGGUGGAUUAAAUGAUUGUGCCCAAUAUCACAGCUACCUUCAAUACGCCUUUCCUCAACAUCUACAUUCGAUUAUGAGAUACGACUCACAAGUAACGCAGCUAAACGCACCAGCAGGCAAUAAAAAAUCCCCAACUGAGGUAUUUGGAAAUUGGGUCAGGAGAUGGAAGAGCGACGAUAGUGAACUAUUUUUCUCGUUCUAUCGACAAUACCAUGCAACUUUGGACACUUUUAUUUCUGCUGUAUUCCCUACUCUCCAUCAACAGACUCUUCACCAGCGCAAUUCGAUGCUUGCUGUAUCUCCAGGAUAUGUGUAUAUUGUAUCAUUCUUUACCUCAAAGGUAGAUUCACUUCUUCAUCGUGAAAUCAACUCUGUGACUACUAUGCACCCAGCUCAGGUAUCCAAGGAAUCAUCACCUCAGCCAUCUACGACAACACACGUUAAGAACGAGCCUUUUUUGACAUCCGAGUCUGAGCUACAAAUUAAGCAAGGCACAUGCACUCAAACAUCGCUGGAACAGCCAAGUAAUGAUAUCAAUGCUUAUAGCGACGCUAUAAAAGCAUUGGAAAACAAAGAUAUGUCCGAUUCAGCAAUCAUGGAUGCUCAGGCUGCAAUAUUAAGUUUUGGAGAACAAGCUAGACAAAACCAAGAGCCUGUUGCCAAACAAUUCUUAUCCUCAAAUUACCUUCCUCAACAUAUCGGAAAACCUCCUCCGCUCGAAGUUACAACAAAAAGAUACGCAGAAUGUCUUGCAUGGACCACAAUAGUAUCUAGUACAUCAGGACUUUACCAAGAUAUGAUCAAUGUCUUACUUCGGACAGUAAUAAAAAAAACCAGUCUUUCAUGUGUGGAGAGCGUGUUUUGUUUACUUGAUUUUAUUGAAGCAACUAUACACGAAAUCAAAAGUAUUCACUUGACACCAAGCAACUUACCGAUCGAUAUGCCAUUUUUAAACCACACAAUUCGAAUACUUCUUGUACAAUCAGACCAUUCGAUUACGCUCCUUCGUACCCUUUCUUUUGUCUAUAUGCACUUCUCAUUCUUGACGCCAACUGCAGAACUGUUGGAUUUUUUAGCUGUACAGAUACUACUUGAACCUUCUACGUUUGAGCGCCUACUUCUACACUGGGGACGUCAUGUUCGAGUAUUCUUUUUGCGAUGUCUUAUGUGGCGUGUUGGACGUGUGUGGACCUCAAUGAGUAUCCGAUGGGGUAAUGCACAUGACAGAGCUAUGCAAAGGGGUGGAAGAGGGGAUGACGUUCUUUGCGAUGGAAGAGAAUGCUUAAAAGUAUGGAUGAAAAAUAAUAAUUUACUAAAAAGCAAAGGUAUACAUCCAAACGCUUCAAUUCAACAGAAAUUAUCCUACGAUCAAUGCGCACUAGAGGUUCAUCUUGUUUUAGAAGCAAUGCUGGAAUCGUUUCACAAUCAGUACAGUCAUCUGCAAAAACACUUGGGUACUACAGAUGAGUCGACUCGUUUUGAUAAAAUUGCAAGAAUGUAUGAAUAUACUAUGCCAAAGCCAGUUAGUUUUCCGCCAUUUUGCUCUAAACUUGUACAAAGAGCACCUCUCAAAACCGUACCUCCAACCUCGCUCAACAAACGGAACAAGUCUGUUACAAAAAAUAAGCUCCACGAUGAUAAAGAAAACAUUUCUUUGUCUGGCUUUACUAAAAUUCCUUCCAAGAAAGAAAGGAUUUUGAGAGUUUUUAUGCCGGGAUCUAAAAUGCGCGACACUUCUGGAUGUAAUGAUCACGACGAUAUAAUGCCACACUCAUCUCUUGAAACAACAUGCAAUGAGUUCUACACUAUACCAAGCUUGUACAAAGAUAUAAUAUCAUCCCAACCUGAUAGUCUUAAGCGAAGCAACUCUACAAACACCCCCACUGGCACGACUUAUUCUCAAAAACCGUCUAGUAAUACGGAAUCAGCUGAGUUUCCAAAGAAAUAUAAAGCCUCCAGUAAAGUCGGAUCUCUAUUGGAGAAUAAAGAGCAUGUACAGUCUAUAUUACUACCACAUAACCGCUCUCCAAACAAAGCACCUAUAAAAACCUGUGAUAGCUCAUCUCAACGGGAUAUCACACUUUUACCAUUAAUACAUACACAAGAUACCUCUAAGAAUCCGCCGGUAAUAUUAACACUAGAUUCUUCGCCAGCUGCUCCGCCAGAUAGACUUUCUUUGUGGAAUCAUACCUUGCCUUACUUUACCCCAUUAACUCGCUCCAAUACUACGUCUACUGGUUCCGAUGGCAGGAAUUGUCAGUCUCUCAAUAACGCUAAACUUGGCAAUAAUAUUCCAAGAAAUACGAUCGAUUUUACCCGAGAUCAAGACAAACUUGGUGGGCAUCAACCUAGCCAGUUACCAAAAAGAGUCUUGAAAGCUCACAAGUGGAGGUAUGCGCCAACAAAUCAUGUGUACGCUGAUAAAAUUGUAGAAGAAUCAAGAAUCUUUGUACAUGAUUAUUGUGCAUGGGCGGGAAGAUUUGGGUACGAGAAUGGGUUGAUAGCCGACAAUUUUGUUCCUGGGCUAUCUCUUGACUGGCCAAAAAAUUGGUCGUACUCACAAAUGUAA